AUGUCCAACACCGUCACAGACACCCUCCCCGCCGGAACUCUGCCCAAGGCAGAGGAGUACCGCCUCCAGCUCACCAAGGCGCUCGCCGACCCCGCCGUUCGCUCUGCGGCCUCCGCCGGGGUUAAGGAAGGCCUUAAGGCCGCCGCUGCGCGAGAAGCCAUGGAGAAGGAAAUCGAGGAUCUCGGGGACACUACGCGCGUCAUCAAGGAGGGGUUCACCGCCGUCGCGAACGAAGUCGCGAGGUUCGACGCGGCCGGCUUCAAGGACGCGGCCGGUCAGCCGACGAACUUGAGCCAGGUGUGGAAGGCGCUCUCGGACAGGUUCGACGACAGCCUGACCCAAAGUCACGACCUCGCAUCUGCUGCGGUGGCCGUCUUGAGAAUGUACUCCAAGACCAUCUUGAACCGUGUCCACCUUGGCGACAACGUGGAUGAGCUCAAAGAGAAUCUGCGCAAGUUCGAGGCUGAAAUCGCAGCGAAAGCGAAAGAAGCGGCGGCGACUCGCACGAGCUUCAUAACCCUUGCGACGGACGUUCGCGCGUUCGGCAACACGCUCCAAAAGGCGAUGGAGACUGCCGGCGUCCAACUCGCCAAGGAGCUGCAAGAGGCGAACAGGCAAGUCGAGGAACUCGGGAAGAAGCUGUCAGAGAUCUCGCAGGAGAUCCAGUCGCUCACCUCGGCGGCAGGUGGUAUAAUCGCCAAAAGCGCGGCCUGCGCGUUCGCCGCGCUUACCAUUAUAUGCCCGAUCUUCUGCUUCGGCGUCUUCGGGUUCGCGUUCGUUGCGAUGAAGAAGGAAGCCGAGAUCAAUGAUCUCCGAAACAAGCACAGAGACGUCGAGACCCAGCGGACGGAGCAGAUGCACAAGGUGAAUGUGCUCAUGGCGCAGCAGGCGCUCCUGAUGCAGUUCCAAGCGUCGCUCCCCAACACGACUGAGCGCGUGAACUCGCUUGCGGCCAAGAUUGAUACCAUCGCGCACGUCUGGCAGAUCCUCCGGUCUGAUAUGAUCCAGCUGAAGACGGACCUUUCACUUGCCGGCUUCAAGGGCGGAGACAAUGAGAAGGCUAACGAGGACUUCCUCGAUACCAUCGGGAUCACGCGCGAUGCGUACCUCCACCUCGCGCACAUGUUCGAACUGUACGCGAAGGGAUUUUGA